ACGAAAACACAUAUAUUUGUUUUUGAAGGGGCGUGUCUCCGUUUUUGCUCGUAAGCAUGGAUAUUUUCACCGAAGGAACAGACAUCUUGGAAUUGACGUCUGAGGAGGAUGCAUUGUUCCUCAAGGAGGAGAUGCUUGGCACCACCAUUGAGCACCAAAUGGACGUCUCGGAUAUAUUGAAUGAGACUAUUAUAAAGCCAACCAGCCCAGAUUCGACCACUCCUGCAGCGCCUCCAUCACCCCUUCUUCCACCUUGUAGAGUUUGCGGCGAGAAAGCGUCUGGUUUUCAUUAUGGAGCAAACACGUGUGAAGCGUGCAAGGGCUUCUUCAGACGCAGUAUUGUGAAGGUACAAAACAACAAGGAACAAUACAAAUGUAUCGGUGACGGCAAGUGUAACAUUAAGCCAGGGAAACGCAGCGCCUGUCCAUUAUGUCGAUAUAAGAAGUGUUUGGAGGUGGGAAUGUCGCACGAAGCAAUUAAGACAGGGCGUUACACAUACGAGAAGCGCACACGUGAUACACAGGAGGUCAAAAAAUUACAACAGAAAAAUAAGUGUCUCGGUCAACGUUCAGAGGUGGAUUUAGACGAUGACGAGGCUUUGGCCAUCAUCGAACCAAUGAUGGAGGUCCAGAAAAGAUAUUGCCCUCUAACCAAUCUCGACCCUGAAAUGAAGCUAGAGCUUCAAAAAAGACAGGAGAUUAUAUUUGAACAAUAUAAGUCCCGCGUAGAACUUUUUGGUACGAUGUCAACGCUGCCUCCUGAUGUUCAUCAAGAGUUCAAAGAACUGACUGGCAUCGACUUGGACAACCGUGAGGAAUUGAUGUCUAACAUAGCCUGUCAGAUGGAGCAUGGUUUGCGAAACAUGGUGGAACUUGUUCGUCUGAUACCUGGUUUUUCUGAGCUGUCUGUGGAGGACCAGACAAACCUAAUAAAAUCGAGUCAUUUUGAAUUCUGGAUUCUCAUGGAGUUCCGAAUGAUAAACCCAGAGUUAUCUGUGGUGUCUGGAUGUAUCAAUGCCCACAAGGACGACUUUGCGAAAUUGUUUGCAGCAGAUCACACAGACGAAGUUUUUAACUUCGCAAGAACAUUGCACGCACUGAAUAUGAAUUCUGAAGAAAUAGUUCUUCUUCGCGGAGUAGUUGUCACAUUCAGAGACCGCUGUAAACUACAAGAACCAGAAAAAGUAGAAAAAAUCCAAUGGAAAUUAUUAAAUUGCAUCCGGUGGUUGGCUAAGAAAAAUAAGCUCAAUCCUGACAAAAGAAUACGUCUGUUACUCGAACGUUUGACCGCUUUACGAUCUCUGACGGAGUGCAGUAAAAAAAUGAAUAAGAUCAAAUCUGAAUGGCCCGUGAUGUCAAAACAUCCUCUUCUUCUGGAUUUAAUGAAAAGUAUGCCAGCAUGAAAAGCUUUCAUCAAAUAGAAGUAUCAACUUUAGUAAUACCUGCAACAGAUCAGAGCGGUCUUAAAAACAUACCGGUUUAGAACAUAUUCCGAUCUAAUAAAGGAUCUACCAACCAGCCGAAGUGAUUGUCUGUAUAUAUUCUUAUUUAAAUGUGUUUGCAUAGCUGUUUGAGUAAAGUUUAGUGUUUGAGAGGCUGUGAUUUUCAUCCGUCUGUUGCUUAAAGCCUUACCUGUGUCCAAUAAAAGCAUUUAGUUACAUUUUGUUAUUCUACAUCGUGCAGUUGAUAUGAAAAUGUCUCUUAGAACUUAAGGAUACUAACAUUGGUUUUUCUCAUGUAAAUGAAAAUACAUGCAAGUGUAAGUGACUGGUAUCUUUUCUAUAAUUUGUUUUCCAUUUUGCGUGCGAGUUUUCAUUUUCUUAUAAUGUUGGCAUUUUCUCCUUGUUUUUAGAAAUCACUGUUCCAACUCCUCCGAAAUCUAUCAUCGACGAUUAAUUGGCAAAAUACAAUACACUUAUAACUAAGAUAGCUUUGACAAGUUAUUAUUUUUUUUUGUUAAGUUAUGACAGAUUUAAUGUAUACCAGCACACUGUAACGUCUUGUGCAGUUAGUAAUACGGUGGUGAACGAGGCAUGAUCAAGCAGUUGCCAUGUUGUAUCCCGAGUGGAUCAAAUCAAAGAGACAAUUUGAUAAAUACAUUUUUAUUUUGUAUAUAAGAGCAUAGUAGUUACAUAUCUUCUGCAGAAAAGACCACAACAUUCAUGCUUCAGGUAAUCCUUGUCACCAUCUCGAUGUCUGUAAAACUAUGAAAUGUAUAUCUCUAAGUCGUGUUCAAGGUUCAUUGUAUCAUAUGAGAAACACUGAAAAGUGAGUUAUUUGUCAAUUGUAAGACAAUUUACCAACACGACUGCUUUAAAAAAUAUAAAUUUUCAUUUUCUAAAUUACACCAUUCAUAUCUGUAGGUCUUGAGAUUUGCGGCUUUCUGUAUAUAAAGUCCCUUAUAAAAAAAAAGUUAGCGCUGAGGUUUUGUCCGUAGUCAAAUCAAGGAACUUUUUAGUACUAACAUGCUUAAAUCUAAUCCAGCCUUUAAUGAUGCAUGGCAAUAUAUUUUCUUUAUUUUAUGUCUUGUUUUGGCUGUAAAUCUCUUUUUAUCCAAUUGGCGUGGACAAAUGUACAUACAAAUGAUAUGCAAGAGAUUGUAAUAACAUAGGACGGCUAUAUUAAACUAUUAUAAGCCAAAUAGGUGGAGACUAUUCUAUCAAAAGUACAAUGCGAUAAUCGGUUUGUUUAAUCGGUCAGAUGAUGUAAAUAUUUACAUAAUGCUGAUGUCAACCUGCAAGCAAAGUGAUUUUUUGCUGCAAAAUGAAUGUAUUAGAAUAAUAUGUUAAUAUUGUCAUUAAGCUUCUACGUUGCAAAUAAAUUGCGGUUAUUUUUUCAUGAAUUGCAUUGAUUAAUUAUUAUUGAUUUCAUGCUUGUACUAUGUCUCUGUUUGAUAGUGUCAAUGAUGUUUGCUUUCAAAGUUAUUACAGCGGUUUGCCUGGGAGUAAGGGAUGCAACCCUGGCAAACCAUCAGGUUUUUUUCCCUGUUGAAGUGGUUAAACUGCCAUAGUCUGAUCUAUUUUAGAUAGUUGAUAACAAUUAUCCUAUCCUGUACAAAAUUGAAUUGAUGAUUUUUCCCACUUUGAUGAAAUAACAAUUUUGCAAAUAAAUAUCUUACGUUAAGCUGCUGUGAGGUGAAAACAAAUCCGGUUUUCGCUACUGAAAGUUCGACAAGCUACCCAUUUUGUAUUGUAUGCUAAUGUAUAUAUAGCGUUUCAGUAGACAAAAGGUGUGGACAUCUUGUGCCAGGAUUCUUCUGAAGUUAUAUUUGACUAAUUUGUGAAAAUUAAGUGGUGUGUCAUAUGUUCGUUUUUAGAUGAGAACUGGAGUUUUCAGAGCUAUCGUUAGAAAUGCAGGAUUUGUUUGUUAAGUUAAAACCGGCUAAUUCAGUCGUGUUUCAUAAUGUGAUUGUUGUCUACUUGAUAGCACGAAUGAUUUAUUACCUCGAAUAUUCGUUAUUCUUAUUGUAAAUUCAAAGUUAAUUCAAGAACUUGAUUUUUAAUGGUCUUUCGUAUGCAUACGAAAUCAUUUAGAUAAUGCAGGAACUAGGUUUUAAUCAAGAGUAUUAUACAAAAAUCCAAUGCGUUUCCUUAACGCUUGUAUGAAGUGAUCAGAGUGCAAAAUUUUCAGAAUUUGAAAGUGAAAAUACCUAAGUAACCCAAAUGUUCUUUCCGCGGAGAUAUUACUUUCUGUGCUUUAAAAUUGCACAAACUAUCGCAAGUGAACAGCAAUGUAUUUCUUUUUUCUUUAUAGCGUAUCACCAAACAAAUGUAACACUGCUUAUAAUACUACCGAUUCGUUUUUCACCAGUGUGAGUAUAAAAGGCAUUUGAAUUUGAAGCAGUCAUUUUACGGUACUACACAUGUUUUUCUCCUGGUCUUGUUCAUAUUGUGUAGAACGAUUUCGAUUUCUGCCCAAUUAGAAAAGUUCAGUCUUGAUAUUUCUAUCACUACCAUAGAUUAUGUAUCCCGUGUAUGCAAGAAUCUGGUGUCAUAACUAAGCAUCACAGUAGGUUUUUAACAGAAUAUAGAAUGUCUUACAUAACUUGUUUGAAAAAAAAUCUAGGGGUAGAAAUGUCUAAUUCGUAGGUGGUCCUAUUCAAUACGUAAUUGUUUUUCGUUUUGUGUGCUUUUUUAUACAUUUUUCAUUUCUAAUUUGUGGUUAUUCAAAGAAAUAUGUUUAUUUAUUUUUUUUAAAAAAAAAGGGUACGUUAUAAUUGCGUAAUUGGGUGAUACUUGAUAAGUCUUUUAAUUGUUUACAUUCAGUGGUCAAUGUCGAUAUUGUUUCUCACAAUUAAAUCACUGGUCUUUGUUUACAUAUUCGUAAGAAAACAAAUCCGGACGUGUUUGUCCUUCAGUCUCACCUUCCGCAUAAAGAUAUGGAUUAAUGCGGAAAUAUUUUCUCUGCAUACUUGAAAUAUAUAGUAAAACGUAUAUGUAUUUGGUAAUAUACAAGUUCAAAACUUUGAUGAACAUAUUUUCAUAAUUUGAUUCAGACAAGCGAUUUUGUUUAUCUGGACGAAUAUAAAUUCCAUGUAAUACUUGUGAAAAUGUAUAUAUGUAUAUCAAGUAGAAAUUGAUUUUUGUCGUUAUAAAAUUAUUUGUCAAACGGAUAACAGUUAAAGUUUUAUUUCGUUCUCACAAAGAGAAAGUCGAGUUUGGUAUUUUUUGCUGUUCCGUAGGUGUGUGAUGAAUCAUGUCUUUGAUAUGCCACUAGAAUCUAGAAUACUGAUCAAAGAUGUAUGCACUAGCCUACAUAUAGGCAGUGGAAAGCUCGUACGAAAUACUUUAUAAUCAGUUGUGUGUUUUUAAUAGUCUACAGGAGCCUCCGACAUGAAUGCACAAAAUGGGUUUGACAUAAAUUCUAAUUUGAUGUGUAUGUUGUAACGAA